GUUCUUAGUUUUGCUUCUUUGUAUUGUUUACUGCGUAUACUUUGGCAAUGUCUGGGUUGUGUUAAACUGAUAGUUUGUCCUAUUUUUAAUGCGUGGGGCUCAUUGACAGUAUGUGGUUAGAUUAAUCUGCUAGUAUUCCAGUCCAAAACUGGGAGGUAUUUCUGUCACACGUCAAAAAGGGUGUCCUGUAUAGCGGUUUCAUGCCCCUUAAUUCGUUAUAUUCAUGAAAAUAUGUAUUUUGAAUGCAAAAAUAGCCUUCACCAUGCCUUUGAUGCGUUCAGGGUCAUUUGUUCACUGGUACCUGAUUAAACUCUACAUGCGUUCAUCUUAAUUACUUCCCCAUUGAAAAGUCAUCAAAUCCAAAUAUAAGGUGGUCUUUUUAGAAAAAAUGGAUACUCUUGUUACUUAUGAUUCUUCAUCCUCUGAUGAUGAUAUUCAUAAACCAGAUCCUCCCCCAGCUGGGCUUUUGAAGAGCAGCUUAAUUAAAUCAGUUGAUGUUGCUCCAGUUGUGGAACAUAAGGAUGAAUUUUUAUCAAUUAUACCUGUUGAUCCUAAUACCCGUGAACUUGUUCAUAAUCCUACAUAUGAAGAGUUAUUUGCACCAUCCUUCGGCCCAGUUAAUCCUUUCAAAUCUGAAAAGCAGUUAGCACCCAAGAAUACCUUAACGGGUUGUGUUGAAGAAGCUCAUGUCAAUAUGUUUGCUUUCGAAAAUCAACAUCGAACAUUUAUGACAUAUGGUUAUGCUGAGGAUCCAUCUGUUGAAGGAGGUGCUGAGCGACGUUUGGUUGGCGAAACAGAAAAAAUGUCCGAAAAUGAUGGCAAGACAGUAUGUGAAAAACGCGAAAAACGUAAAGGUGAUAUACGUAAACGUGACAGUAAUUGGGAUCCAACAAGUGAAGACUAUACAGGACCGUGGGCUAAGUAUAAGGAUGAAGUAACUGUUUCAGUGCCAUCUGAAGAAGAUCGUGUCUACUUAGAAGCUUAUUUAGCUAAGAAAGCUAGUAAACGACGCGUUGUCGAAGAGGCGCCUGUUGAAGAAAAGUCUACACUACACAUAUCGACUCCAUUCGAUUAUCAGGGACGAAGCUUUUUGCAUGCACCACAUGAUAUUCCUAAUGUCAAUCUUCGAGCAACUGAUCCCCCAGAAAGAUGCUUUUUACCUAAGAAACAAAUUCAUGCAUGGGUCAAUGCACAUGCUCGUGGAGUUGCUGCUGUUCGACUAUUUCCUCAGACAGGUCAUUUGAUGUUGUCUGCUGGGAUGGAUACAAAGAUAAAGCUAUGGGAGUUGUACAAAGAACGCAGACUUAUUCGAAGUUAUAUGGGCCAUCGUCAAGCUGUACGUGAUGUAUGCUUUAAUAAUAAUGGUACAUCUUUCUUGAGUGCAUCAUAUGAUCGUUAUGUUAAAUUAUGGGAUACAGAAGUUGGCAAGUGUACAAAUCAAUUCAAUUUGAAACGUGUUGCCUAUUGUGUUCGCUUUAAUCCAGAUGAUGAUAAACAGCAUCUCUUCUUAGCUGGGUGUUCAGAUAAAAAAAUAUUAUGUUACGAUACACGUAGUGGUGAAGUUGUUCAACAAUAUGAUCGUCAUUUAGGCGCAGUGAAUGCAGUUGCAUUUGUUGAUAAUAAUCGUAGAUUUGUAUCCACAUCAGAUGAUAAAUCUCUACGUGUUUGGGAAUGGGAUAUACCUGUAGACUUUAAGUAUCUUGCUGAUCCAUCUUUACAUUCAAUGCCAGCUGUCACUGUAUCACCAAACGGAAAAUAUUUGAUAUGCCAGUCGCUUGAUAAUCAAUUAGUUGUUUUCAAUAUAUUUGCUGGUUUCAAACGUAUGCGAAAGAAAAUAUUUCGUGGUCAUAUGGUAUCAGGUUAUGCAUGUACAAUGGAUAUGUCACCAGAUAUGCGUUAUGUAAUCUCUGGUGAUGGUGAUGGAUAUCUGUGCUUAUGGGAAUGGAAGACAACAAGACUUUUAACAAAAUGGAAAGCACACGAAGGUGUAUGUAUCAAUUGUGCUUGGUUGCCGCAUGAAACAUCGAAAGUGAUUACCGCUGGUUGGGAUGGAGAUAUUCGUCUUUGGGAUUGAUAGAAUGUAUUUAAACAGAGAAUAUAUUCGUUUUUCUACAGUUUAUAUAAAGUUACAUGAUGUACAUAUUUUCCAGUAAUAAAUCUGUUAAUCUAUGCUCAAUUGACGGUUUUCUUGAUUAGCGACCAUAGAGUCAGUUCUAAUCCUUUCUAAGAGUUCUAUUAGAUCACGUUGUUACACAGUGUGGCAGCUCAGGGAGUAAAGGUGGAUAGAAAUAGAAUGUUACGAAGGGAGUAAACUCUUGAGUGUUUUCUGAACUGAAUCGCCUAAUUGAGAAGCUCUCACUUUUAUCCCAGCUGGUUAAUUAGGAGUUUCCAGAGAUUUAGUUAUCACUUUAUUCACUUUUGUUUUUGUUGACUACUUCUUUGGCU